AUGGCUCAUCCACAGAAAUGGCUCAUUGCCUAUAACUCAGUAUCAGCUUCCUUAUGGUCAAUUGUAUUAUUCAACACCUUAUUCCUCGGUACUUUGAUUGGCCAACCUUACUUGUUCGAGAAAACUAACUUCGUCACUACAAUCAUUCAAACUUGUGCUUUAGUUGAGGUUUUCAAUGCAUUAUUUGGAAUCGUCAGAGCUUCCUUCUUUACAACCUUGAUGCAAGUCUACUCAAGAUUAUUGGUUGUUUGGGGAAUUUGGCAAUUCUUACCUGAAUCUCCCGCUAAUUCUCAUUGGAGUUACAUCACUGUUUCCAUUGCUUGGUCUUUGAGUGAGAUCAUUAAGUAUAGUUUCCAUACCACUACUUUGAAAGGUGAAACUCCUGAUUGGUUAGUAUGGUUGAGAUAUUCUGCUUUCUUGGUGUUAUAUCCAUUAGGUGUCAGUUCAGAAAUGAUCAUUAUGUACUUAUCUUUAGAUGUAGGUAAAGCUGUAAGUGAAUAUUACUACUAUUUCAUUUGGGCUAACUUGGUGAUCUAUAUUCCAGCUUUGGUUCAUUUAUAUACUCAUUUAUUAAGACAAAGAAAGAAAGCCUUAGGAAAGUUGAAAGCCAAAGGUGAAAAGAAAGACGAAAAGAAGAAUGAGUAG